AUGUCACAAACACUCGUUCAGUCUAAAAAAUCGGUGCCUAAGACCUCAAGUCUGCGCCAUGAGCUUCAUUCAAGUCUCAAAGGACACCUUGAUUUUGACCAGGCAAAGCUUGAACGCCUGCAAGCUGCUGAUUUCGCCUCCUUCACGGCCCUGUGGUGGCCUGAUGCAGACUUGGAAAAGCUCGAGAUUUUGUCAUACCUUGUCAUCUGGCUCUUCACGUGGGACGAUGAAAUAGAUGAGCCCACCGGCACCUACUCCGAAGAUUUUGAAGAGGCACAAAAAUACAGAGAGCGGACACUCUUCUUUGUUGGCCACUGUCUUGGGCUGUCUGACGGAAUCAAAAACUCCAAGCCUCAAAACAGAAUUGUGCAGAGCUUCGACGUUAUUGGAGCUUCACUCAAGGCCUCGUACACAACAAGCCAGUGUCAACGCUUCUAUGACGAGGUGGCUCAGUUCAUGAAUGCCUCAGAAUACGAGCAGUCAGGCCGUCUUAACGGACAUAUCUUCUCCCUUGAGGAAUAUUGGAAGUUCCGCCUAGGUACUAGUGCCGUGUACAUUGGCUCUGCAGCUGGCGAGUAUUCGGCAUCCCUUUGUAUCCCCGCAGGUAUCAUGCGCAGCCCGCCUAUGCAAGCCAUAUGGGACGAGACAAACAUCAUGAUAUCCAUCACAAAUGACCUGCUUUCCCUCAUGAAGGAAAUGAGGCUCGGAUGUAUCGACAGUGUCGUUCCACUCACAUUUAUGAUAACCCGUAAUAUUCCCCAAGCCAUUUCCAAGACAAUCGAAGUCUUACAGCAGUCAAAGGCGCGUUUCGAUGCUGCUUCAAAGGAAGUCAUUGAACAGCAGUGCGGUGAUGACUUCCUACGUCAGGAGGUAUCAGAAUUUAUCCAAGUCCAGAGGAGCAACUGUGUUGGAAAUCUAGUAUGGAGGUAA